AUGAAAGAAGCAGCUCGAACCAACUUUACAAAACCCCUGGUCACUAGAAUAUGCGUAUGUUGCAAAGAGAAAGUCCCUGAUCCGCGACAAUUCCCAUGCGGGUGCUUCUGGUGCCGAAACUGCUUAGAGAGAUACCUCGAAUUCAGGAUAGCCGAGAGCUAUCGCUGGCCGCCUAUGUGCUGUCAGUUUGUCCUCAGAGAUGAAGACGUCGAAUGGAUACAGUCGAGCACGAUCCUGGAAGAAUAUCGAAAAAUAGACCGCGAGAAACGGAAAAAACCGCCCCUAUAUUGCUCACAGGAACAAUGCAAGGCCAUUCUCGAUACCCAAAAUACGAUAGAGGGAAGCGAUAUCAUUGUAUGUGACAAAUGCAAGUCUAAGACUUGUCAGAAAUGCCAUCAAGGACAUGAGCCUAUUGAAUCGGGGUGCAAGGGACCGCCUAAAGAUGCCAAAUUAGAGGCAUUGAUCCGGCGCGAGGGUUGGCAGAAAUGUUCACGGUGUAAUUAUACAAUCUCCCGAACGACUGGAUGCAGCCAUAUGACAUGCUAUUGCGGUCACGAGUUUUGCUACAAUUGCGGCUCGACAUGGAGAACUUGCGACUGUACGGGUAACUUAGACGAUGCGCUCUAUGUACUACAACAGCCAAGAAGGGGGCCUCUGAUAGAGAUUGAGCGGGACGCGGUUAGACUUAUUGGACGGCAGGAUAUAAUAAACUAUGCGCGAGAGGCGCGACGCAUACGUCGGCAAAGGGCUCAGGAAGAAGAGGAUCGGAUAAAGAAGGAAAAUCAACACCCAGGGCAGACGCAUGACGAUCAUGCAUCAUCAACGCCAUCCGAGGAGACUUACAGAUUGAUGGAUGCAACACCUGGGCAAUCUCAAGACUUGCCGUAUAGGCAACGCCCAGAACCUCUGAUAGAGAAUCCACUACGUUCUUUCUCCCCUAGCCGUGGUCUUACGCCUAUUCCCGAAUCUUCCUUGGCUACAUAUCCGCCUCAAAACGCGGCUGUAGAGAGCCUGCUCGACCUCCUCUCAUUAGGAGGACCUCCGGAGACGGGUCCAUACAUUGACAUCGUGCGCCCAAGACGGCAUCGAAUACAAUCCCCACUUCCUGAAGUUCCUGAAGUUCCUGAAGUUCCUGAUCUAUCCUUGCCGUAUCGUUCCGCUGCACAACGGGCACUAGAGGCAACUACGAUAGAACUACCGACACGUCAACCCAUAGCUCCCCCAGCAGGCCGAAAUCCCCGGAGAUCACGGAGAUCGCGGAGAUCGCGGAGAGCCCGGAGAGCCCUUGCCGCUUCUAGAGGGGAUUCCUCACAGAUCCACGAUCCUUUACCAACAGAACAAAAUACUCCAACUGAGCCCGGGAGUCGGCCGGAAUCGACGCCGCAAGAUGAAGUGCUAAAUGCUCCCAGUCCUUCUACGCCCCCAUCUCAACUUUCUCCUUCCACGCCCAGCAAUCCUCCAGCAUGGUCUCCUCGAUCACAUUGA